GAAAUGACAUAUUUUGAGCCGGUUUGUUUUUAUCUACAAUAUUGAAUGAAAACAUUGAAGUACGUUGUACACUUUGCAGUCAAACACAUGCUAAAAGAUAAUAGUUUUUUCGAUACCAGAACAUGUUAGGGGCAGUAAUUAAUAGCGUACUAAGGAGCAGUGGGGUUAAGUUUAAACAAAACGUGACUGUGGUAUUAAGACAAUCGCAUAAGGCGGCAAUUCUUCGUGAAAUUGGAAAACCUCUCGUGCUGGAAAAUGUGAAACGAAUUGAAAAACUAAAAGAGGACGAAGUACGAAUCAAAGUUCACUACUGCAGUCUGAACUCAACUGAUGUGCAAAUUAUCUCCGGCAAACAUCCUGAUCUUCAGGUGUCCCUGCCCUUCAUACCGGGACACGAAGUGUCCGGUGAGGUGAUGGAGAUUGGCAAGAACAACCCAAACUUCCUGAAACGUGGUGACCGCGUCGUAGCUAUGAACGACCUGCAGGACCCCAACGGAGGGUUGACAGCGGAAAUGAUUGUGAAGAAUCGAGAUGUGUGGAGUGUACCUUCGGAUAUUCCACUGAGGGAGAUGACCGUGCUGCCUUACGGUCAUGGGACAGCUUUGCUGACUUUUGCCGUACACUGUCCGCUGCAGGAGAACGAUUUAGUUCUGAUCACGGCUGGUCCCGCCGGAAUGGGUUUGGCUGCGGUUGAUGUCGCGGUGAAUGUGUAUAAGGCGAAAGUUAUUGCAAUUUGUGACACCGAAAGCAGUUCGGAUUUGGUGCGAGAGAAGGGCGCCUAUAAGACUGUGAGCAUGGGCAAAAACUACACCAAGCUUUAUAAAAGUAUUGCGGAUGCGAUGGGGGAUAAGAAAGCAAAAGUUGCGUACGAUGCAGUUGGGAAACAGUUAUUGCAUCUGCUGGCAGAUUUUGUGGAUCAUGAGAAUGGUCAACUGAUUUCGGUGGACCCGUUCAACACGCCAGAAAAACUUAAAGCAUACAAACCGGAGUAUGAGUUGCCGAAGAAAAUGAAACGCACCGAAGAGGAUAAAACGAACUCAGCUAAGCUUUUGAGUAACGUAAAGCAUGUCGAUUUGUACGAACAUCCUGAUGAGGACGUUUAUCGGCAAAUGAUUUCCGAUACCAUCGAAAUGCGGGAGGAAGGAAUGAUUGCCGGGUACAUUAGCAAAGUGUUCCGGUUGAAGGAAAUACAAGAGGCGGUGCAGUUUAUUCAACAAAAGCAAUGCACCGGAAAGGUGCUGAUCGAUGUGAAGUGUAGCGAAGAGGACGAUUGUGAAGAUGAAUUUAAAGAGCAGAAGAAAAAGGAUGACUAAAGAAAUUUGUGUUAAUUAUGGUAAUUGAUGACUAGUUUCUGUUUGUUGUUAAGUCACAUGAUUUUCGUUCAAACAGCAACGGCAUUGCUUCUCUCAUUAAAUAUUCUGGCAAUGGCUAUCUCAGUUGUGUUGCUGUAUAGCUAGAAAAGAGCGAAUAUACCUACUAGAAUAGAGAACUUUAUACAUUCAUAUUUAUCAUUUUUCAAUACAAUAAACUCAAAUCAUACUUUCAUGAA